CUGUGUUUUGUGCUAUUGCUUUAAGCGGUAGAUUCAAGUCUAGUUGACCUAUACAAAUCCAACUUCAGAUUGGGUUCCAUUGUUAAGCAAACCGCCCUAAUAAUUACUAAUUAUAUACCUAGACGUAAAGUGUUGCCUCAAAAUGGAUGCAACCAAAGCUAUUACGGAAUUAACUGCCACUGAACAGAGGAUCAUCAAAAUUAAAUCAGAUAUCGAUCAAUUCGAUGAACUUCUAAAAAGUGUGACCAGUGGAUAUGGUGACAAAGACAGUCUUAAUGAAAAAUAUCAUAACUUAAUACUCUCUACUAAGGAUUUGUCGUCUCACCUGGCAGUUAUUCAAAAAGUGAUUGAAGUUGGAUCACAUAUUCCUGACCUACGUGCACGAGCUCGUACUCUUAACACUCAAGCCAUAAACCAAUUAGGGCGUUUGCGAAAACUAGGCGGCAUUGUUCAACAGCAUGUUCGUAAUGAAAAAAAUGUGUUCUCAGUCAAUUAUCAAGGACAGUACCCGUCACUUGGUAUCUUCUCAAUUGACCAAGAACCUUUAGAACAGAAACAUAUUUCUUUAGAAUCAAAGGCAGAUAUCCAAAGAGCGCAUGAAAUGGAACAGUUGGAAUCUGAUAUAGUUCAAGUAAACGAACUUUUCACAACACUUGCUACAUAUAUUCACGAUCAAGGAACAUUAGUUGAUUCUAUUGGAGAUAAUAUAGAAGUAGCUUAUGAACAGGUUCAAAGUGGCACAGAACAAUUAAGCACUGCUACAAAACAUCGAAAAUCAGCACGACGAAAAAAGUGCAUAUGUCUUGGUCUUAUAUUAUUGAUUUUAUUUAUUUUAGCUUUAGCAAUAGGAUUAUCUUUAAGACAAUAAAUAAUUCUCAAAUUGUUGUCAUUUGGUUUUCGUAUUUAUUCUCAUAAACUAUUUUCAUUCUAUCACUAAGUUGAUUUUGUUCAAACAUACUUUUAACUUUUACAGAAAUCAAUUGCUUAAUGUCUUUCAUAAUUCAUCAUUAUUGAACUAUAAUCUUUCUUUAUUAUCCUUCAUCAUUUGAUGAUGAUCUGAUAUUCAUAUGUGAAUUUGAUUGUAUAGUCACAAAGUUAUACUAACCAGUGAUUGUUUGCUUCUGUGAUUUGUAUCAUGAUGGGAUAGUAGGAAGAUUUUAUUUCCUCGUAGAGAAUGGUAAUGUUUAAUGAUAGUCAAACCUUCAAAGUAUCGUAUUUUGUUAUCUAGUAAAUGUAAAUUGUAUUUGUCAACGUUUCAAAAGUUGGAAAGUAAAGCUGAUGUUGAAACGUGUAUUUACAAAA